AUGAAGAUCCCGCUGCUGGUCUCCACGGGAAUCCUGCUGGUCGCCCUCCUGCCCUGCCAGGAGUGCAGAGCCCUCAGCAAGAGCCCGGGAGCUGCCCACGAGGCUCUGCCCCAGCCAGAUUUCUUCCAGAAGCAGCAGCAGCAGCAGCAAACUCUGCCCGUCCUGCUCCGUAUGGGAGAAGAGUAUUUCCUGCGCUUGGGCAGCCUCAACAAGAGACCCGUUGGCUCUUUCUCCACCUCUUCCAUCAGCACCAGCCACCUACAACCCGAAGCCUCUGCCAGCAACUUUUUCCGGGGGGCGGUUCCGGAGCUGCCCGAGCGCUCGCUGGGGACCCCUGAGGAGGGCGAAGCCGAGGGUGAGGCUGUGGAGAGGGAGAAGCGAUCCGAGGAACCCCCUAUCUCUCUGGAUCUGACUUUCCACCUCCUGCGAGAAGUCUUGGAGAUGGCCCGAGCCGAGCAGUUGGCGCAGCAAGCUCACAGCAACAGGAAACUGAUGGAGAUAAUCGGGAAAUGA